AACCAAUGCAAAGACGGAAAGCUGCCCGCACAGCCCAUGCGGCGUCACUUCCUCCGCCCCUGUUUCAAGGGAUAAGAAACCCUGCGCAGAGCCUUCCUCCUUUCCUAGGCGGCUGCCGAAGAUGGCGGAGGCUCAGGUCCUGGUGCUCGAUGGCAGAGGCCAUCUCCUGGGCCGCCUGGCGGCCAUUGUGGCCAAACAGGUGCUGCUGGGCCGGAAGGUCGUCGUCGUGCGCUGCGAGGGCAUCAACAUUUCUGGCAAUUUCUACAGAAACAAGUUGAAGUACUUGGCCUUCCUCCGCAAGCGGAUGAACACCAACCCAUCCCGAGGCCCCUACCACUUCCGCGCGCCCAGCCGCAUCUUCUGGCGGACGGUGCGAGGCAUGCUGCCCCACAAGACCAAGCGAGGCCAGGCCGCCCUAGACCGCCUCAAGGUGUUUGACGGGAUCCCGCCCCCCUACGACAAGAAAAAGCGGAUGGUGGUUCCCGCCGCCCUCAAAGUUGUGCGGCUGAAGCCUACACGGAAGUUUGCUUACCUGGGGCGCCUGGCUCACGAGGUGGGCUGGAAGUACCAGGCAGUAACGGCCACCCUGGAGGAGAAGCGGAAGGAGAAGGCCAAGAUCCAUUACCGGAAGAAGAAGCAGCUCGUGAGGCUACGGAAACAGGCCGAAAAGAACGUGGAGGGGAAAAUCAACAAAUACACAGAGGUCCUCAAGACCCACGGACUCCUGGUCUGAGCCCAAUAAAAUUGACUGUUUAUUCCUCA